AUGUAUACUGCAUUCGACCUUGCCAUGGCUGCCACCACCGCAUACUUGAAGACCAAGGGGCGACUUCCCGAGUCCGCCGUCAUCCCGGCCGCAGAUCAAGUGGCGCUCCUCGACAACAUCCUGAAGGACCUCUAUGACUACCUAGAUCGCUACGUGAUCCCAAAAGACCCGCUUUCGACCGCAAACGGCGGCGCGGCGGCAGCGGAAAUGUUCGCUGGUCUCGGUCAUCAUCUCCGCUUCCUCAGGCGCAUCUUCGCACUCGAAAUUCCUUCCCGUUCGGUUCCUCUUCCUCCUUUCCCCGUUCCAUCGAACCCCUUCUCCGUCACGCUGACACAGGCUGCCGUCGGAUCUCUUCUCCGCCCUCCGUGCUUCUAUCUUCACCGAAUGAGGAGGCGAAUUCCGACGGAAAGGAUCCAAUUUUGCACUCUUCCCGCGCAACCUGAGCAUUCCGAUGCCAGCCCUUAUCUUUCCGUUCGCAUUCGGUGCCUCAAGCGCGACGCUGAUAUGCUUUCUGAUGCUUUAUUGUGCUUUGGUGCCAAUUCUGCUAGUAUGGAUGAAUUAAGUGAUUCCCAUGAUCUUGAUGAGAUAUGGAUAACCUGCAUUUUUGCAGAUCACCAAGAUGUGUAUACAUGCAUUUCACAGGCCGUUGGUUCAUUUGGUUUGAACUAUGUACCUAAGUAUGAAAUCUCAGCUGGAAAAAUCUGUGACUGGACAACAAAUGUACAGGAAAGUUUUCAUCCAAUUGAAGUUGUUACUGGUCUAUGGAUUGUUCCCAAAUGGAGAGAACCCCCGGAUUUACAAGCGACAAAUAUAAUACUUGACCCAGGAAUGGCUUUUGGGACAGGGGAACACCCAACUACGAAAUUGUGUUUGAUGUUGCUACACAGGCUGCUUCAUGGUGGAGAACUACUCUUAGAUUAUGGCACUGGAUCUGGAAUUCUAGGAAUUGCUGCGGUGAAGAUGGGAGCUUCCUCAUCUGUCGGAAUAGAUAUAGACCCGCAAGCCGUCAUUUCUGCUCGUGAAAAUAUGGCAUUGAAUGGUAUAAGCUCCAGCAAAAUGUCGGUUUACCUGGUUCCAAACGAGACUGGCACCAGCAAUGCUGAUGAAGAGACCAAGAAUCCAGAAAAGAGGACUUUGCUUGGCUUUCAACCAGAUUGUUCAAAGGGGAAAUUUGAUUUUAUCAUAGCAAAUAUACUCCUCAAUCCUUUGAUCGAAUUGGCAGUCGACAUUGUUUCUUAUGGAAGGCCCGGUUCAAACAUCGGUCUAUCAGGAAUCCUAUCUGAACAGGUGCAACAAAUCAAGGAAAUUUAUUCUCAAUAUCUGGAAAAUAUCUCAGUAUCUGACAUGGAAGGAUGGGCCUGCAUCCAUGGUACAAAAAAAGAGAAGUUGGACAUGUAAAACCAUUAACCACCUGAAGGCUAACUUGUAAGGAAUAUCAAUGUCUUCAACAAGUAGAAGCAUACAUCCUCUAGAAUUUUGUUCUAAGUAUAGUUUUGUGGUGUACAGUUGUAGUCAAUUUUAAUGGCAAUUCACAACCCAGGAAUACAAAAGUUUUGCAGAAAACUGAA